AUGCCGAGUGAUGAGGACGAGUCCCGACCGCCGGAGAAUGCCGGCCGUAGAAUCUCGGUUCGGCCACGGCUAUUCCAUCGAAAGGUGGCAAUGCUACCCAACACGACCUAUGACUUCCACGUCAUGCAAAACUCGUCACUUCUUACACUCAUGUCCAAGUUCUCAAACCGCAAUUUGCUUCGACGCCGGCCGCUGUGCGCCACCGAUGGCACCCAAACGUGGCUAUUAACCAGUGGUACAAUUGGAUCGCUACAUGGCGGGGACACUGUGAUUCACGUCGACGGACUCACCCAGCGUCACGCUCAAAUCACAUGCAGAGGCGACUCAUGCUUUGUUCAGUCAAGCCCCAACUGCGCCACGUACUUGAAGCUUCCGUUUGACACGGGGCGUCGCGGGUACCCCAUUUCAGUCGGCGAUAUUAUUGAAAUGGGUCGGGGGUUUGUCGUCCGAGUAGUGGAAAUCGACGUGAAAACCACGUCGAGUGUCGACAAGGUGGAGAAGCUGCCACCCCUGAAAGAGACUACGUUUGGUCAGGCGGUGGAUAUUCGCACGCAAGUGUGCAUUCGAAAUCUGACGCAACAAACCAAGCUGUCCAAGACCACCACGGUGCUCGAGCCAGCCAAGUUGGUGCUUCAGCUGCACCACAAGGAGCCCACCGACGUCGUCCGGGUCGUGACUUCCCCCAAGAACACGCUGUGGUUUGGCAGCUUGCACUCGUCCGACAUCAUCUGUCCGACGUUGGAACGUCUGCACGCGAAGAUCGAGUUCGACGGGUCCAGAUACGUCUUGAGCGACUUCAGCAACGCCACGCGGGUCGUGGUGGGUGAAGCCCCCGUGCACAUUGUCCCAGAAGAUGUGCUGGUGGUCGGGGACCGGCACUUCAAAAUCGUCGAGCUCAAGGACGACGCGGUGGCGACGCCAGGACUGGAAAUUCAAACCUUGCGGAUUUCCGCGCGAAAACGCUCGCAUACGAAAAAGCACAUGCCCAUCAAACUCGAUUUACCCCCCAACAAGCUGCUUCACGUUGGCCGGGCUCCGCAAUGCAACAUCACGCUGUCCAACUACUCGAUCAAGCUCGUGCAAUUCAGCAUUUUAUACGAAAACGACCGAGUUUGGGUCAUGCCGCUCAAUGGAAGCCUCAACCAAGGCCUAUACCGCCUCUUGUCCAGACAGGAGCGGCAGCGCGAAGAAACUGUACACGAUACUACCGUGCCCGUCGUGUCGAGCGUGAGCCCCCUACUGCAGCUGCACAAGGACACCGUGUUCAAAGUCGGGUGCUCCGAGGUCGAGGUCGUGUACAUCAAGCACCAGCCCAAGUCCGUGUCGGCGACGACCCAGGACCAAAUGAACGACCGAUACAGCAUCCUGCAAGAACUACCGUGGUUCCUCCUGAGUCAAAACCUGCCGGGGUUCUUCAGUGAGACGGGGCACUUGGCGUCGCACUGCAAGGUGCAGACGGUCGCGGCGGGCGAGUAUAUUUAUAGCCAAGGCGACGACGCCACACGGGCGUACGUGGUCAUGCGGGGCAGCGUCCUGCUGUUCCGGUCCAAAGAUGCUGUGGGGGACAAGUUUUACAUUGAAAGCGUCGACCGAGGCGGUUCAUUUGGAGAAAUUGCGCUUCUCCAACCCAAUGCCAAGCACACCACGAACGCGCUCGCUCGAAGCAACGUCGUGUGCAUGGUCCUUGUCGCCAAGGACUGGACCGACUAUUGCGCGCCGUAUCGGGAUUUGUACCUGUUGCCACUGAAGCACGGACUGCACGAGACGACCCUCUUGGAGGCGCUGGCCGCGCUGCCGUACAUGGACAUGAUUUCGCUGGCGUUGCAGCAGCGGGUGGCGCUGAAGAUGACGCGCAAGUCGUUUCCGCCGCAGUCGUCGCUCCUGCAAGACCCGUGUUGCAUCUUCUUUGUCUCCGAGGGGACGAUCGAGAUCCAAUUCGACGACGAUAUGGUCGAAGUGCACUCGAAAACGUUCCUCUUUGACCGGUCCAGCCACGCCAUGCCGUCCCUUGUCGACAUCAUGGCCGUGGACAACGUCGAGUGCCUGGUGCUGUCUGCCGACGACUUUGCCAACACCAUCGGCAUCACAUUGCAACACCGCCGCGUGGAGCACCCGCUCGCGUUUAUCACUGCGUUCGACACGACGCCGCAGAACGAGUCGGCGCCGCCGCGAAAGCUCUCGAUGCGGACUGAAUCCAUGGCCAAACCCAAGCGAAAGUCGUCGCUCAUUCGAGCCAAGGAGCUGUGGACGGGGGUCGCCACCGAAGAUGAAGACCAUGAGCCCGCGCGCUCCGAGCCCCCCGUGCCACUUCCCCCGGCCGACUCGUGGCGCCAGAAGAAACGCAAUGCCGCCAUGCUGCAGAGCCGCAUCGAGUACCUCAACCUCGAGGCGUCCAUCGAGUCGGCGUUGGUGCUGUACGUGCUGUCGGGACCGAACCGUGGCGAUGUGCAUAUUGUAAGGAACACGCUCACGAUUGGCAACGCCCACGGCACGAGCGCUUUGAAACUGCGCGACCACGCGCUGAGUCCCCAGCACGCGCUCAUCUUUCACCGAGACGGCAAGUACUGGCUCCAAGACUGCAACAGCCACACAGGGACGUUCGUGCGCCUCACGGAUGACGAAGCAGUUCACCGUCCUCGGCACCCCCGCGCUUACCCCCCAGUCGCAUAA